AUGACUAGUUUGAGCAUGGCAUCUCGCACUGAAUUUCAGAUUGCUCGCCCUCGGAAAAAGGCUAGAAGAUCUUGCUUGUAUUGUCAAAAGGCCCAUAAAACCUGCGGAAAUGAACGCCCUUGUGGGCAAUGCGUGAAGCGAAAAAUGCCAUCUGAAUGUGUUGAUGGACAUCGCAAACCGCCGAAAUACCUUUAUGAGUGUACGAAAAGAGCAGCCAAGGCCAGCGUGUAUCGCGGCGUCGCUUCUCCGCAGCAAGCCCGGCAUCAACAAGAUGAGAUUUCGAACACGACAGGUUAUGACAAGGAAACCACUGAACAAUCAGCCAACGACGAGGGACAUAUCCAAGACCGCAGAAGUGACCCGUUCGAGGCAGUCUUUGAUGAAGUCAUUGAUCCAAACUUUUUCUAUACCGAAAGACCGAAUUUCAAAUUCAAAAAUCAAGCUUCCAGGGCAACAAUGGUUAAAAGAAAUGACAAUUUCAUGACUUUCUUCUCAGAUGCUGAAUACGCCACAUGGUCAGAGAGAUCUUCCAGCGUAUCUGAAGAUAGUGAAAUAGGAACAUCAUACCAAGCUCUGGAGGACGGGUUUGGAGCCAACUUAGCAAAGCUACAUAUGUAUGCAAGAGACGCCCCAUAUUCCGGAUUUUCUAUUAGCAGUGGCUGGUCAAGUACAUUUUUUCCUCACGGAAUAGAAGAAGACCCCCACGGCUACUGA